AUGGAGGUCGAGCUCACUGCCCCCAACGGGAAGAAGUGGUCCCAGCCAUUGGGCCUCCUCAUCAACGGGGAGUUCGUCAAGUCCAGCAAUGAGCAGAAGAUCACCUCUAUAAACCCUUCUACUGAGGAGGAGAUCUGCUCCGUCUUCGCCGCCACUGCAGACGAUGUUGACCUCGCCGUGGAAGCGGCGCGCAAGGCCUUCAAGGCCCCCUCAUGGAAGGGCCUCAGCGGCACGGAGCGCGGGGAGCUCAUGAUCAAGCUGGCCGAACUGGUCAGCAAGAACGCAGAGACCCUUGCUGCGGUCGAGGCUCUUGACAAUGGCAAGCCCUAUGUCACCGCGCUCAACGAGGAUAUACCAGAGGUCGUCGCCGUCCUCAAGUACUACGCUGGCUACGCGGACAAGAACUUUGGCCAGGUCAUCGACGUCGGCCCCUCCAAGUUUGCAUACACCCUCAAGCAGCCCCUCGGCGUCUGCGGUCAGAUCAUCCCAUGGAACUUCCCUCUGGCGAUGGCUGGCUGGAAGCUGGGCCCGGCGCUUUGCUGUGGUAACACCGUGGUGCUCAAGCUGGCUGAGCAGACACCACUGUCCAUGUUGGUCAUGGGUAAACUUAUCAAGGAGGCUGGUUUCCCUCCAGGAGUUGUCAACGUCAUCAAUGGCUAUGGCAGGGAAGCUGGAGCGGCACUUGUCAAGCAUUUGGGUGUUGACAAGAUCGCAUUCACCGGCAGCACGGCCACGGGCAAGGUCAUCAUGAAGAUGGCGAGCGAGACGCUCAAGAACAUCACACUUGAGACAGGCGGCAAGUCACCGCUUAUCGUCUUCGACGACGCCGACCUGGACCUCGCCGCCACCUGGUCUCAUAUUGGAAUCAUGUCCAACCAAGGACAGAUCUGCACCGCAACGUCCCGUGUUCUCGUCCAUGAGAAGAUCUACAACGAGUUCAUCGCAAAGUUCAAGUCCACAGUGCAGAAGGUCUCCGUCGUCGGUGACCCCUUCGCGGAGACCACGUUCCAAGGCCCACAGGUGACCAAGGCCCAGUACGAACAGGUCCUGAGCUACAUCCAGGCCGCAAAAGACGAGGGCGCAACCAUUGCUCUGGGCGGUGACCCGGCGCCGCAGAAGGGCAAGGGCUUCUUUAUCAACCCGACCAUGUUCACGAAUGUCAAGCGGGACAUGAGGAUCUUCAAGGAGGAGAUCUUCGGGCCCUGCGUGUCGGUCAUCACAUUCAAGGACGAGGCGGAGGCCAUCGAGCUGGCUAAUGACACGACCUAUGGCCUUGGCGCAGCGCUGUUCACUCGCAACCUGACCAAGGCCCACCGCGUCGCCGCCGAAAUUGAGGCCGGCAUGGUGUGGAUCAACAGCAGCAACGACUCGGAUGUGAGGGUUCCGUUUGGUGGUGUGAAGCAAUCAGGAAUCGGCCGGGAACUGGGCGAGGCGGGCUUGUCCAGCUACUACAACAUCAAGAGUGUACAUCUUAACAUGGACUCAUAG